AUGGGUGUCGAAAUCUACGGCAGCGAGGGCAGCCCGGCGUGCCGGUGUGUGUUCCUGGUAGCGCGCGCCAUCGGGCUAGACUACACGCUAAAACCGACCAACCCGAUGGCCGGCGAGACGCGCACCGAGGAAUUUCUGCGCAUGAACCCGGCGCACACGAUCCCCACGAUGGCCGACGACGGCCUGUUCCUGGGCGAGAGCCGCGCCAUCGCCACCUACCUGAUCAACAAGUACGCGCCCGAGAGCGAGCUGUACCCGCGCGAGCCGGCCGCGCGCGCCGUCGUCGAGCAGCGGCUCUUCUACGACGUGGGUCUGUUCGCGGCGCUGCGCUCCGUGCUGGGCGCGCUGCUCUACUUCAAGAGCCCGGAGCAGUUCGAGGCCGCGCUGCCCCAGGUAGACGAGUGCAUGGAGCUGCUGGAAACGUUCCUGAAACGCUCGCCGUUCGUGGCCGGCGACCACGUGACCGUGGCCGACCUGGCCAUCGUGGCCAACGUGUCCACCAUCGAGGCGGCCGAGCUGGAUCUGUCGCGCUGGACGCGCGUGCAGCGCUGGCUGGCCAAGAUGAAGGCGCUGCCGUACUACAGCGUCAACGAGGCGGGCGCCCAGUACCUCGGCGGCGUCUUCAAGAAGGCGCUCUUUCAGGCCAGGAAGGCCAAGUUCUCGGCAUCGUAG